AUGGGCAACUGCAGCUCGUGCCUCGGAGCACGGCGUAGGAGCGUCUACGAAGAGUGUCGAGCAGAACGGACGGAGACUGACAAAUGGCUGCCGCUGCAGGACGAUGAAUCAAGGCUGCUGUUCGACGAUGCCGAUGGCGCACACUACGGCAGCUUCGGCGAGCCGGCGAUGAACGACCAGGACGAAGCGCAAGAGUCGCAGCGCGAGUUUGAGGCGCUCCAGAGCGUCGUGGCCCGCACGUCCGACAACAUGGUCGAUGUCUUUGAGAUUGCCCCGCCACGGCCGAACCCGAACGGCAUUGCGGCGCCGUAUGCUGCACUCGGCAUCCCCGACAACCGUUUUGCGCAGUACCAGAACCUGCUCUCGAAGCUCUCGGUGACCGACGAGGACGACCCGGACGCCUGCAUCGAAGAAUUCGACAGUGAGACGACACAAGUCCCGCAGGCGUACGUAGACGCGCUGCCGACACAAGUGGACGUGGCCGGGCCCUUUGUGAGCAACUUUACCGACGCUGCUCCAUAA